CUGGCCCAAGGUCACCCAGCAGCUGCAUGAGGAGGAGCGGAGACGCGAACCCAGUUCCCCAGAUUACAAGUCUACCGCUCUUAACCACUACACCACACUGGCUCCCCAGAGAGUAUGAAUAUGGAGCUAAAUGUGAGUUAUGGCUCACCUGGUCUUGAUUACUGUAUUUACUUUACUUCACUUAUUAGAUUUGUAUACUGCCUUUCAAUAUUCAGUGAUCAGAGUGGCUUACAAAAGUUCAAAACUGGAAAAAAUGCAAUAGAACAGCAGCAAUAAACAAACAGAGCUGCAUAAUAGCAGUAGUAAAAAUCCAUGAUAAAAACUCCUUCAGAUAAUAAAAGCCCAGGAAAAUAUAAAGGUAUUUGUCUGAUGUCAAAAAGUCAUUACAGUACUCUAUCAUGAGGACAUUCCAAAGGUGUUGCUCCUUGAAUGAAAAAGUUAUUUCCCAAGUCAUUACCUUUAUUUAUUUAUUUUUAAUAUUCCCCCAACAAGAUUAUACAAAAUUCUGCAAUAUACAAUGACAAUAUACAUAGUCCACAUACAAUUAUGGAUCACUGUUGAACAAAAACAUACAUAAAAUAAAACCAAAAUAAAGAAACCACGGGCAUCUGAAUGUGUGGAAGGUAGGACUGGAACUAUAUAUAGGAUAAAUAAACAAGGCCUUAUGAGGAACACUUGAAGGAUUUGGGUACGUUUAGCCUAGAUAAAGACUAAGAUGUGAUAGGAUAGCCAUCUUCAAAUCUCUGAAGGUCUGUCACAUGGAAGAUGAAGCAAGCUUGUUUUCUCCUACUCUGGAGGGUAGGACCCCAACCAAUAGCUUCAAGUUACAAGAAAGGAGAUUCCAACAGACUCCCUCGGAAGGUAACAGACUCUCUUAUACCAAUAAAGGCUAGAAAAGAAAAAAGAAAGGUAAUAGACUCUCCUUCCUUUAAGGUUUUUAAAGCAGAGGUUAGAUGGCCAUCUGUCAUGGAUGCUUCAGCUGAAUGACUGCAUUGAAUGACUGCUGAAUGACUGUUUAUGUGACUGAAUUACGUACCUAGUAGAUACAGUAGGUGGCACUGUGUCACUACAACCAUUUUCUGACAGAUCUCCAUUUGUUUUCUCUUAAGUUACAUUUCCAUAUGACAAAGGUUACUAGAGUUACAGCUGGAGUAAUUAAUAAAGAAACAUGAGAACAAGCAGGAAAGUGGAAGAAGGGAAAAGGGAUAGGCAUAAUACAUUGGCUUUCAUACAACGUAAACACGGGUGGAAAUCACUAGGUUCCACUAUUCAAGUAUACAGCAGUAUUUUGUCCUUUAUUUGACACAGGGACAUAUACUGGUUUGAGCACAAUUUUCCUUCAACAGACUAGAUGGCCCUUGGGAUCCCUUCCAACUCUAAAAUACUAUGAUUCUGUUGCUUAAUACUGUUUAGGCACUACAGGGUCUGCUAGACUUUAGUAGAUCUUAGAAGUUUAAAUUCAAAGAAGAUUUCAAACUUUAUGGUGUUAGAAACAAUUUAUUAAUUAAUGUGAGCUUACUUUGACAUUGUUGUUGUUAGCUUUGUUAAUUUCAUAGUGCAGUAGUCUGGUACAAGUCUAACUUGCUGUGCCAUAACCUUGAUAUGGCAACAAGAUGAAUUCAGUGCUUCUAACUUUCCUGAGAGAACAUUAAAAUUAAAAAAAUGUUUUGAACCAUAGAGCAUCAACACAGGUUUCAGAGCCACUGUUAUAUAGCUAGAUGAACACUUACUAUUAUCAAGAACUGGGAAAGUGUUAGGAGAGCAGUUCCCUCUUCCCACCUCAAACAGCUUCCCUCUUGGAUCUCGUCCACACUUCUGCUUGUCCUGUGCCAACAAGAGGUUUUCCGCUUGUUCUUUGCUUUCUAGGGUCUAAACAGUUUUUCAUUUGUCCUACUGCUUCCCCAGGGAGUACCCUUUUUACCACUGAAUGCCAAUCCUUUGAAGUUUGUUACGAUUCAGCAAUAAACAGCAGGUUUCCCAGUGCAUAUUUCAAAUUUCCUGUGCAUCACAACAUCACCUGAGGCACGUCCAACCCCCAGCCCUCCCUGCUGGUCUUGCCUGCAUUUCUGCCAGCCCCAUCUCCACAACUGUACCCCCACUGCACUGCCAAAGGGGUGCUUGUGAUGCAGCGAGAGCAACAAGGCUGUGUUGGUGGUGCAGGCAAAGAAGCCCCGGAGGGGCUGGCUGAGGUGCAGCCAAGGGGAUGGGGUUGUCUGAAGCAAAUGGCUUGCCUCCCUCCCCACACAGACAGGCAAGGGGGAGGAGACAAGUUCUGUGCAACCAGCCAAAGUGCAGGGGGGCGGAGGGGGGAGACGGGGACACCACCACCACGUGUUAUCGUGACAAGAUCAUAAGCAAGUUCAAACAGAAACAAAAGACAGAUUGAAAUUCCCGCUCUUCUCAACCUCAUUUAGUGUAAAAAAAAAUGAUAAUCUAAAAGAAGUUUUCAAAAAUUGCCCUGCGGUUUUUCUUAAAAUAAAAAAGAUCUUUUUAUAUUUAAUCUGUUAGCUGCCUUGAGUCUCUGUCAGGGGAAAAUGUAAGUUUCUAUGACCCCCCCUGGUGGGGGGGGGGGCUCCGGCCAUUCCGGGCCGAAAGAGACGACGACGGCGCCCGCCCGCCCCUCAACGCCGCUUCCCGGCCCCGAUGCAGAGCUCGGAAAAGGCUCUUUCCAUCCUCCGGACAGGAACCGUGCAGUGGAAGGGGAGAAGCAGCCGGGAGGCCCAACCCGCCUGCCGCCUCACGGCUCGUCGCUCCGCCAGGAUCGGGCCCGGGACAGCAGCCCCGCCCCCCGGCGCCGCUUCCGGCGGAAAGGGCGGGACACAAAGUUGAAUCGGAGGAAGAAAACACUACACGGCCGCGCAUCCGAGGCCCCAUUGGCUACUGGCGCUGCUAAUCUGCCAUCAGCACGGGCGCCCGGCGGGCGGCGACAGCGGGUUAACCGCCUCUCAGGGCUCGCCUCGCCAUUGGACAGCGGAGUUCUGGGCGAGGCAGCCCAUUGGCUGAAAGUUUUUUUCCAGCUCCGACGGUUGCGCGGCCGUUGA